AACCUCCCAAAAAAAUAAUAAAAAAUACAAAAAACGAAUUAAUAGCAUAGUUUUCUCGAUUUCUCAAAACGUCUCCUCUUUCUCCGCCUCACAAUUCAUCGCUCUCGGAGCUCAGCUCUGCUUCUGCCGGCGAGGCGGUUGAAAUGGAGGCGAAGAUUCCUUUUUCUCCUAUUAGCCAUCAGUUAUGUCGGAGCAGCUCCAGGUUCUGGAACACAGCUACCAAUCUCCCGUUCUGUUCUCCGGUUUCUUAUCCUUACCUCAUCGGCUCGUCGAGUCAGUUACGCGCUCGCCACCCUCUGAUCUCUUUCGCGGUUACGAAGGUUUCUCUAUUGCAUGACCUUGGAGCUACCGGGGCAGUUCUUGGUGGAGCCUACGCGCUUGUCUUAAGCUUCGAGAGUCUGACGAAGCGAAACGUGAUCUCACAGAGAUUUAGUAGAAAGCUUGUGCAUAUACUAUCAGGUCUGCUUUUUGUACUCUCGUGGCCAAUCUUCAGCCCAUCGAAGGAGGCUAGAUACUUUGCUGCUCUAGUUCCAUUAGUGAAUUGCGUAAGGCUUGUUGUCAAUGGAUUAUCUGUCUCCCCCAAUUCCACGUUGAUUAAAUCCGUCACUAGAGAAGGAAGACCAGAAGAGUUGCUUAGAGGUCCAUUGUUCUACGUUCUAGCCCUUCUCGUCUCUGCGGUUUUCUUCUGGAGAGAUUCUCCUAUCGGUAUGAUCUCCUUGGCCAUGAUGUGCGGUGGCGACGGAAUAGCUGAUAUUAUGGGACGCAAGUUUGGAUCACAAAAGAUACCUUACAACCCAAGGAAGAGCUUGGCAGGAAGCAUUUCCAUGUUCAUAUUCGGCUUCAUUAUCUCCAUCGGAUUACUUUACUAUUAUUCAAGCCUUGGGUACCUUCACAUGAACUGGGAAACGACCUUUACAAAAGUCGCGAUAGUCUCAAUGGUCGCUACGUUGGUCGAGUCAUUACCCAUCACGGAUCAAAUAGACGACAAUGUUUCGGUUCCUCUGGCUACUAUUAUGGCUGCUUAUGUAAGUUUUGGAUAUUAGAUUAAUUAUAUCCAUCGUAAACCGAACAAAAUGUACUUGUAACACUUGUGAAUCUGACCUAGAAAUUUAGGCAUGUAUCCAACGUAACACAUAUGCUAGUAGUUGUAUUAUUUGCAUUUAUUUUAGCUCUGCAUCGUUUACAUUA